CAAUCACACAAAACUGAAUCGGCAUUUUUGCAGUUUUGCUUGUCAUUCAACAAAAAUUUUGAAUUUCUAAAGAACUUAACAUGGCUCUUGUGGAUUUGUGUCGUCUAAAUGAGAAAAUUAAUUUAAGACCUGUGGACUCUCUCGCUUCUUUUCAAAACGAUGUGCUCGGAUACAGCCAAAACUUCAUAAACAGUGCUCAACUUGCUACACCGCCUUUUGCUAACCCCGUAGAGACUUUGGCACAAUUUAACACACAAGAUGAGACAGGCAAGAAAAUCAAAAUCGAGUUUGAUCAUGGAACCACUACUCUUGGUUUUCGCUACAAGCCUCUUAAUGUCCCCACUGCUGGGGCACAGGCCUUCCCUAGGGAUGGAAUAGGGAGAUUGGGCCAUGACCCACCACGCAGGCCCAGUGCAGAUUGGCGGGGAGGUGUGUUACUUGCAGUGGACUCCAGGGCUACAGGUGGUCAGUUCAUUGGUUCACAGUCCAUGAAGAAGAUUGUUGAAAUUAAUGACUAUUUACUAGCCGAUUGCGUAUACUGGGACCGAGUACUGGCAAAACAGUGCCGCUUAUACGAGCUGCGUAACAGGGAACGUAUCUCUGUGGCGGCGGCCAGCAAGCUUAUGGCCAACAUGGUGUACAACUACAAAGGCAUGGGGCUGAGUAUGGGCAUGAUGCUUGCAGGUUACGACAAGAGGGGCGCGCAGUUAUAUUACGUAGACAGUGAAGGCACCCGCACGCCGGGGAAGGUGUUCUCCGUGGGCUCUGGGUCGGUUUACGCUUUCGGUGUGCUGGACUCUGGAUACAAAUGGGAUCUCAGCGAUGAAGAAGCUCAGGAGUUGGGUCGCCGCGCCAUCUACCACGCUACUCAUCGCGACGCGUACUCCGGCGGCAUCAUCAGAGUGUACCACAUGAGUGACAAGGGCUGGGUCAAUAUUUCCAACGAAGACUGCAGCGAGUUGCAUUACAAGUAUCAGGCAGAGAAGGGGGUGAAGGAGGAAUAGAUUUAAUGUUAUCGAUUAAUAAACACUUUUUAC